GCAGCAAAAGCAAGUUGCAAUGGUGAUUAUGUGAAUAUAGAUAAUGAAGAUUGUGAAUUAAAUAUGGAAGCCAUCAAUGAGUUGAUCCUAGACAUAAAGUUCGCACAUGUUUUGGAACCUUAUUGUGGGUACGCAUCCCCAAGACCACAUGAUCGAAAAUGGCGUCAAAGAUCUCUCAAAGAGCACUCUAAAGAUCCCCUCCGCUUACAACGAAUUGGUCCUGCAUUUUUUUGCCGGGUAAACCUACCUUGUAACACAAAAAUUCUUGUUUAAUUUUUCUUUUGGUAUGCAAUUUCAUUUCUUAUUUAGUCAAAUAAAAUAAUAAAAUGCCCAACUAGUCUUCUUCUUUUAUAGGUUA